AUGACGAGGUGGUCGAGGAUCUUAGUGUUCGUGGUUGAAAUCUUGGCUCUCUGCGUGUGCGUGUAUGGGAGGUCGAUUCCUCAACUGAGGACUAUCUACAUGGGAGAUUCAAUCUUCGACGUGGGCACAAACAAAUAUGUGAAGGAUUCAGUUUCGCGCUGUGAUUUUGUGCCAUAUGGGGAGACGAGGUUUAGAAAGCCAUCCGGAAGGUGUAGUGAUGGGUUUAUAAUUCCAGAUCUGAUAAACAAGGCGAUAGGUUUGCCCUUUUCAAGACCAUUCUUGGGCUUGAAAGCUGGGAGUCAAUUUCCACUAAGCAUCAACUUUGCUUCAUACGGCAGUGGUUUACUUGACUCGACUCACUCGGACUGGGGCGUUGUGUCAUUUAACGAGCAACUUAAGCAGCUUGGGCAACUCUCCAAGAAGAAUCUCAAUCUCAAUGAUUUUGUGGUUGUGAUAUCUUCUAGUGGGAACGAUAUUGCAGCAAAUCUUCAAGACAUAGCUAAUGUUGACUUGAAAGCAAUGUUAACAUCACUCGAGAAGGGCUUACAAGAGCUGUACAAUCAUGGAUUUCGGAAGACUAUCUACUCUAGUGUUGGGGCACUAGGAUGUUCGCCUAUUGUGACUUCCGGAGGGAGAUGUGUGAGUGAGAUUAACAAUCUGGUGGAAGAAUUCAAUAUACAAGCUCGGGAGAUUGUUUUGGGGGUGGCAAAGAAGUUUCCAGGGAUGAAAGGAGCAUUUGUGGAUGGUUACUCUUUGAUUAAAUCAUAUGUGGACAAUCCAAAGAGGUUUGGAUUUAAGAAAGCUGGUGGUUGUUGCCCCAACUGCCUUUCACAAAAGAACACAUUUAGUGGGUUGUGCAAGAAUCCAAGAAUUCAGGUUGUUCUUGCGCCAGGCAGAGAAAGCACAAGGCCAGGGUUUAAAGAAAGCAGCACGUAUGCAGCCGUUGCACAGCGCAGCACCAUGGCUGGGCUAAGUUAUCGUUUCCGAGUGACCUUACCGCCACCAUUGGCCAUGAAAGCCACGUACAGCGCUCGCAACAGUAGUAUUUGUUGCAAGCAGCUUUUGCUGCUGCUGCUGCUGCUGCUGCUGCUACUGCUGAGGUCGCUUUCGCUCCGCCCCAAAUCGAUUCCAACCAAGCGAGCAAGGGCGCGCAGGGAAACAUCUAAGACGUGCUUGCAAGCGGUCUUGGAAGUCUCUCGUGGUCAAGACGAGUUAAUGGCGCUGGAAAGAGAUGGCCACGGUUUAGAAGGGGAUCGGUCGCAGCUCGCAGCUUGGUUCAAAUCUCAUGUGCUGAACUAG